UUCAUCAGAUAUUUUACAACUACAAUGUUCAAAUUGAAAACAUUGCGAAGUGAGGAGGCAGGGCUCGAGUCUGGCUUGAAAGUCUGCAAGAAGUUGGAGGACGACCUGGGGGACUGUCUGGAUGUCGUUGAUCGUCUAAGCCGGAAAAUCAAUGAUUCAGUAGAGGGUCCCCCUCCCGUAAACAGCUUGGGCUUAUUCUCUACACUAGAGUCAAGUAGCUGCUCUGACCUGAGUAGCAAUUCCUUGUUGCGGCAGGAAUCGGAGGUGGGAGAGAUGGGCACACCAGUGGAAGCCAGAAGCGGCCAACAGCUGAAUAGUUCCUAUGUGGAUAUGCACACGAAAUGCAUUAAAAUUAAGCGCGAACUGGAAGGCACGUUGUUGCUCACCAAACAGAUAAACGAGUUGUCAUAUCGCCAACGGAAUAAAUACUAUAACAUUCCAGAUCAGAUCACUGUCUACCUGGAGAAUAUGACGAAGAAGUCUUCAAGACAAUAGAGGCUGUUGCUGUUGCUUUU